UUGUUGUUUUUCACCUCAGACGUGUUGUCUCCACCCGUCUGACUGCUGGUUGGACUUCCUGGACACAGCAGCCUGUCCUGCAAAGACUCUUAUGUCCAUAUGUGUCCCCUGCAGCUGAGGGCGCUGGUUUUUGUGGCCUGGGUGGUGUUUUACAUCACCUUCCUGCUGUCCUUCAGGAGGAUGUGGAGCGGUAAGUACGUCCGCAGCCCCCUGGUCCGGUCCCUCUUCAUGACCAUGGUGAGCGACAGCGAGGAGGUUCCGGCGGCUGAGAAGCAGGAGUGGUACCGGUGCUGCUCUAACCUGCUUGGAGAAUCAGCACGACACGUUUUCGUUCAGAGUCACCUGGACUCGGACACUGAGGCUUUUCUAAGGCGCAGCAAGGAGAAGUCCAGCUGGCUGUUCACACAGCUCUAUCACUCCCUCGUGUCGACGGUCCUCAACCCUCUGGUGUCGCGUACCUCCAUCAAUGGGUUUUUGGGUCGGGGAUCAAUGUUUGUGUUUUCCAAAGACCAGUUUCACCAGCUGCUCCGGAUUGGACCCGACUGGAGAGCUGAAAGGCUUCUGGACCUUGGAGCUGGAGAUGGGGGAGUCACAGAGGUGAUGGGAGACCAUUUCAGACAGGUCUAUGCUACGGAGGUCUCUGUACCGAUGAGAUGGCAUCUCCAGAGGAAGAGCUACAUAUUGCUGGGAAUAGAAGAGUGGCAAAAUACUGGAUUUCAGUAUGAUGUGAUCAGCUGUCUGAACCUGCUGGACCGCUGUGAUGACCCUCUGCAUCUGCUGCAGGACAUCCGGAGCUCCUUAGUACCUGGGACUGGAAGACUGGUCCUGGCAGCAGUCCUUCCCUUCCAGCCAUACAUAGAGAUUGGGGGGAGAUGGGAGCGUCCAAAAGUGCAUCUAAAGGUUUCUGGGAAGACGUGGGAGGAGCAGGUGAGCAGCCUUUGUGAUGAGGUGUUCCCGCAGGCUGGCUUUGAGGUGGAGGCAGUGACCCGAGUCCCGUACCUCUGUGAAGGAGACAUGUAUAAUGACUACUAUGUACUCGAUGAUGCGGUGUUUGUUCUGAAGGCCGCAGGAGGUGCUGAAGAUCCUGCUGCUUGAACAGCUGCAUCAUCUUGGACUUUCCACUGUAACAACUGGAUCCUUUUUCUUUAUGGGUGUCUUUAUUUUGGUUUUUAGAUUUUUGAUCAUGGAUGUGUGGGUGGAGGGACGUUGGUUGAAGGUUGUGUAUUUUAGUUUUAAACCAUGGCAUCCAGUAGUGAAUGCACUGCCUGGCCAAAAAAAGUCACCACAAAAAAAAAAAGGUCACACUCCAAUAUCUUGUUGGACCACUUUUAGCUUUUAUUAUGACACACGUUCGCUGUGGCGUUGUUUCGAUAAGCUUCUGCAACAUCGCCAGAAUUAUUUCCAUCCAUCUUGAGUCUGACCGCUGCACAAAGCCUUCUCCAGCACAUCCCACAGACUCCUAAUGGGAUUAGUGUCUGGACUCUGGGGUGGCCAACCCAUGUGUGAAAAUGAUGUCUCAUGCUUCCUGAACCACUCUCUCUAUCUGAGCCCGAUUAAUCUAGGCACUGCCAUCAGGGAAGAUACCAUACCAUACCAACUAUAUUCCUAUAGCACAAUUUAAAAUGCAGCGUGAGAGCUGACCAAAGUGCUGAACAGGCAGGAUCAACUAAAGAAAAAGACCAAAGCAAUAAGGAUCUAAACAAGGCAUCGAUAGCAGGUAAAAGCGGUAGGAACAGUAGAUAAAACACAACAGUAGAAACACUAAAACGAGUCACUGUCUGAAAGCCAAGUCAUGAAAGUGGGUCUUUAAACGAGAUUUACAAACAGGCAAAGAGGAAGCCUGCCUAACUGUAACAGGCAGUGAGUUCCAGAGCGUGGGGGCAGCAUGGGCAAACGCACGUUCAUCCCGUGAUUUGUAGCGCAUCUGGGGAGUGCAGAGAAGCAGGUCAGGUGACCUCAACAUGCGUAUAGGUAAAUAGGGGGUGAGCAGGUUGGACAGAUAGGGAGGUGCUAGAUCAAGUAAAGCUCAAAAAACAAACAUCAGUAUUUCAAAACGUACACGAGAAGUGUUGGGGAGCCAGUGGAGACGUGCCAGGACUGAGGUCAUAUGGCUACAUUGGCUUGUGUUUGUUACUAACCUAGCAGCAGCGUUUUGGACGACCUGCAGCCAGUUCAGGGCAGAGACUCGAGUACCUCAAAGUAGUGCGUUUGCAUUGUCCCAACGAGAGGUGAUGAAGGCAUGGAUGAUUAAUUCCAAGUGCCACCGCUUCAGGACGAGUUAGACGGCGUAACUGAUAAACUCAGUGGCGAGGUCUUGAUUUUUAUCUGAGGGAUCAUUGAGAGGUUGGCUUCCAAUGUUACCCCGAGGUUAUUACACACUGCUCAGGAUUUAGAGGUAAACAAUCUAAAGCAGAGUGAGAGCCAGAAGGAUUGCGGGUGUCAGAGACCAUGGACUCAGUCUUUAACUCAUUUAACUUUAGAAAACUGGCAGCCAGCCACCUCUUUAUGUCUGCCAAUCAUGCCGAAAAACGGGAACCCAAGUUUUUCUCGUUCAGUGCCACAAUCCUCGACGUAGAUGUGAUAAUUCACGCUGUACCGAUUUAGGAUUUUGCCCAGUGGUAGGAGAUAUAUAGAAAAAAGAGGCCCAAGAGCGGAGCCCUGCAGCACACCCCAAGGCAGUGGGAGACGGGAGGAGGAACGUUCACCAAUCUGAACAGUAGUGGAUCUGUUGGAUAAAUAGGAGCAAAACCAUUUAACCCCUGAGGCAUUUUCUCGUACCACGAGUUCCUCCUUCGUGUUGACGAUUCCCCAAAAGUAGAACGUACAACUGAUUAAUAAAUGAAAAUAAUUUCAGUAAAUCUCAACGCUGAACCACGUCUCACUCCCUGCCUGGCUCAGGUGAGCUCUUUAACUUUAACAAUCCUCAUGCAGGGUCCAGACCCCACGUGGAAACUUUCUGGAGCUCAGCAUCUGGAUCAGCACCACAGCUGGAGUAAAUGUUCUGCAUGGACUCGAUGAUUUCUGAUCCAUGUGAAACUGGACCGCAUCCAUUCUGCAUUCAGUGUGAACGAGGCUUCAGGCGCUCUCUCAGUCGCAGCUGCAGCCCUGCUCUGGUUUUCCUUCACAGUGUGUCUUAACCCUGGUCCUCAGCUCCCCCGUCCUACAUGUUUUAGGUGUUUCCCUGCUGCCACACACCUGAUCUAAAGGUAUGGGUCAUAUGGCCUAAAAUCUACAUAACAAAAUAUUGUUUUCAUGUAUUUAUAUUUGUCAGAAUUACAAUUAUGAGGCAUUGAAUGCCAUUUAAAGAACAUUUAACGUUUAAAACGUGUUUUAAAAUCUACAAAACUUCGGAAGUUGUUAUGAUUCAUUUUCCAGACACAAAAAUCCUCAUAAAAGGAAUAAAGAUGAAGCUAUUUAAACAAAGUAAGAGCUAAAUGUGAUGAAAACACAAAACUUUACAUAAUUUGAAGUGAAAAAUGUAAAGUCAGAAAUAACAUUCGUUGUUCUGCGUACCCCCUGUAAUGUGCUCACAGACCACUAGGGGGACGCAUGCCGGUGGUUGGGAACCAUUGGUUUCCACCAGAUGUGUCUUUCCACGUGGUUGUUUAGGAGACGAGAAGCGGCUCGUUGCACCAGUUGGGUAAAUGAGUUGCUGCAGCUAAAAGAUAAUGGCCCGGCAGCAGUUAUCCAAUAGGAGGCUCCCACCUGUCUGCUCAGGUAAAUCCAGGUGGAGACUUUUUCUGCGGGCCGGCAGUGUGUGAUGAUUCUGUAACAGCUCAGAUUCUUGUGCUAAAUGAAUCGUGAACUGUUGGUCAUCUCUUUCAACACGUCGUCAUGUACUUGGAUGGGUUCCUGAGCCGGUUCUGAAGCAUGUUAGCCGUGUUAGCUGUUAUUAUCUAACAGCUGUAAUUAUGGGAUGGAAACUCCAGGUCAGAUCUUUACAGGUGAGCUGUAGGUUUGAUCGUGGACCUGUUUGGACUUGACUCCUCUCAGCUGUAUCUGGUACUUAUCAGCAGCAGGUUCUCGGUCCUGGGAGCUGGACUUGGAAUCAAACUUGUUUAGCAGAAAUGUUCGUGUGACUGACAUUUAAAAGUAACUCUCAAGACUCUGUUUUGUGUUUCUCAACCCAGUGGUGUGUGUUUUCCUGUUGGAAGUACCAGCUCUAAGAAGGGGAACCAUCCCUAAAGUGUAGGGAGGGUCAGAACCCUAACACGUGCAGCAGUCCGAAGCCCCGCCCUGUUUUUGUGUCAUAGGCCUACCUGCUGGGAAGUCUUGAGCUGACAGGCUUGUUCCGAUGGUAGAGAUAGGCUCAGUACCCCGAUGUCUAUGUUCUGACACCCUUCCAAUGGAGCACACCUGGAUCCGGUUAUGCUGUAUAAAUGUUAGAGCAACAGCUCUUCAGUUGGAGCACAGACUAGUCUUUCAUCAGACAACGUUGGAUGCUCCUGGCUGGACCACCCUCUGAUAGGUUCUUACCACUUCAGACCAAAAACAUCCCUCACCAUCAGCAGUGGUAUGCCUCAUGCUAACUAUCGGUUAGCCGCUGGGCUCUCUCACCUUCACCUGGCUAUCAGAGCCCGACUCUUGUGUGACAUAUGGGGUUCUGAACAUGUUACCUUGUUUUCUCAGGUUUUUACCUUCAUGUCAGAAGAUGCUUUGAAUGCACAAAGAAAACAAAUAAAUGUGUUUUGACCUUUGA